AUGUUAUCUUGUUUUUAGGUUAUGGUGAUACGUUUAUUUGUCCGAUAAUGAUCCAUUCUUAUAGAUAUAAUUUAAAAACAUAUCUUUAGUUACAAGUAAUAUGUAGAUAUUACAAAUAGCAAAAUGGUUCGCCAAAGAAGAUCUCAGCCAAAUUCUGAUAGCAAUAAAGUCGAUAAAGGCACUAACAGUAGUAGUAGUAAUGGAAGUAUUGCUUCGAAAACGAAAUCGUCCAGCUCCUUUAACUUCCUCGGUUAUUGGAAACAGCUGGUUGUUAUUAUAGUACUUAGCAUAGCAAUAAUUUUCGGUUAUAUGGGUUACUUGGAGACUAGGCUAAAUACCCCUUUUGAUGACAAAAAGGUUGUGAUAAACAGUGGGUUAGAUGUUCCAGAAUUAUUUUGGGGAACAUACAGGCCUGGAACCUACUUCGGUUUAAAAACCCGUGAUCCUACAUCAUUAGUUACGGGUUUAAUGUGGUAUUUUCCUCAAAGGUUGGGACCUGGAGGUGAUGGAAUUAGGCAUUGGUGUGAGCAAGGAGACAAUCUUGAAAAAUACGGGUGGCUGCAGCAUGACGGUGAAAACUUCGGUAUUCAAGAAAUCAUCGAUGGUCCUUUUAAAUUAACAACUUCAUUUGUAAAAAGUCGAGUUAAUGAUAAAGGCGGUGAUUGGACUGCUAGAGUGGAAGUUGAUUUUCAUGACAAAUCAGUACCAAAUAAAGAGGAUGUGUCUCUAAUUUGGUACAUGGCACUAGAUGAUGGUACAAAAGGUUUUAUUGAACCAACAAAUUCCGCAACAAAAAUCACUGGAAUUAGAGGAAGUACUUCUACAUUAGGGGAUUUUACAUUAAAAUUUAGGAACUCAUCAGGUAUUUUAGAUCAUGAAUCUUUCUUGAGCACAGCAGCACCCGGUUUGCAUCUACUUAAAGAAUCUGUGAUAUCAUCAUUAAGACUUGCUAAAACCAAUAAUCAAGCUGGCUCAGCAGCCAACAGAAAAAUCAUUUUAGCUGGAGAAUUACCGUCAUUUACUGGAAACGAUAAAAUCGAUCCCAAUUUCGUAGCAAUACAAUUAACUGGAAGAAUACCAUUUGUAGUGGAUGUAAUAUACCAAAGUGGAACAGAAAAACAAGUUAUUCAAGCUGAUGAUGCUUAUACAAAGGUUCUAAAUUCACAUAAAGAGGCAUUUGCAAGAAAAUUUGAAAAAUUAUUUAAUUUGAAAUCUAAAGGAUAUGAUGAUAAAAGCAUAGGAUUUGCACAGGCUGCUUUAAGUAACAUGGUAGGAGGCAUUGGGUACUUCUAUGGUGCCUCAAAAGUGCAAAGUCAAUAUGUUAAAGAACCUGUUUAUUACUGGAGGGCGCCACUUUUCACUGCCGUCCCUUCAAGGAGUUUCUUUCCUCGCGGUUUUCUCUGGGAUGAAGGUUUCCACGGUCUUUUAAUAUCGCAAUGGAACGUAGAUAUGGAACUGGACAUCAUUAGCCACUGGUUCGAUCUAAUCAACGCUGAAGGCUGGAUUCCUAGAGAGCAAAUACUCGGAGUCGAAGCGACAGCUAAAGUCCCUAGCGAAUUUGUCGUACAAAGAAACACUAACGCCAAUCCGCCAACAUUUUUUUUGACUCUGGAAAGUAUAUUAAAUAGAUACGAAAAUGAGUUGAAUGGAGAAAGAUUUAGAACGUUGGAAAGAUUGUAUCCUAGAUUACAGGCUUGGUUUAAUUGGUUUAAUACUACGCAAAAGGGUUCUUUACCAGGCUCUUAUAGAUGGCGAGGAAGGGAUGAGCUUACUAAUAGAGAGUUAAACCCGAAAACUUUAACUUCUGGUUUGGAUGAUUAUCCCAGGGCUUCGCAUCCUACAGAUGAGGAGAGACAUAUUGAUUUGUACUGUUGGAUAGCUGUAGCAUCCAAAACUAUGGCUCGUCUAGCUAAUAUUCUAGGCAUUGAUGGUUACAAAUACGAACAAACAGCGGCGUAUUUAUUAAAUAAUGAGUUGAUGGAUAGCCUCCAUUGGUCGGAGUAUGCAAAGGUUUAUGCAGAUUACGGUUUGCAUACAGAUUCUGUGAAAUUAGUGCGUCCCAAACCGCAACCGAGGUCGCAAAAUCAAAAUUUGGAAAUGCAACGAGUGGUCACCAAAAAACCGGAAUAUCGUUUGGUGGAUUCGACUUUCGGUUACGUCAGUUUGUUUCCUUUUCUACUGCAAAUUUUGAAACCCGAUUCACCGAAAUUGGAAAAAAUUCUCGAUAAUAUUCGUAACCCAGAGUUAUUGUGGACGCCGUACGGUCUUAGAUCGUUAUCGAAAACUGCCCCUCUUUAUAUGAAACGUAAUACUGAACACGAUCCUCCUUAUUGGCGAGGGCAAAUUUGGGUGAACAUAAAUUUCUUAGCUGCCAGGGCUCUGCAUCAUUAUUCUAACAUACAGGGACCUUACCAACAACUUGCUGGAAAAAUAUAUAAAGAACUCAGAGAGAACAUAAUAAACAAUGUUAUGCAGCAGUACUUUAAAACUGGCUACAUUUGGGAGCAGUAUAGUGAUAAAAAUGGCAAGGGCAGUGGUUGUAGACCUUUUACUGGGUGGACUGCCUUAGUUGUAAGCCUGAUGGGCGAACAUUAUUAAAAAUUUGUUAGUUUUAUCGCUCAUGAUAUUCUGCUUUAUUCCCAUUUUUCACUAGUUUAUUAAAAAUGUCAUAAUUUAAAAUUUUAUUAUUGUGUUAUUUAAAUGUACUUUUUUAGUAUAAAAUAGAUUUAGUUAAAAAAUAGCUCAAGUUUAUUUGUAUUGUACUCCUCUUUUACAAGGAAGUUUCUGUUUGAAUUACUAGAAUAAAUUUCCG